AUGUCGUUCGUCGCUGUUCCUCCACAAGAGAAAAAGACUGCGAUUGAUGAAAACUCAUCAAGCCUCGACAAGAGCCCUUCGCAGCCAGCAGAGAGCUCAGACGUCAUUGAAGAUGCCGUCUUUGGUCGUGUCACAGGCGAAGGGCCCAACUACCGCAGUCUGGGCUGGAUUGCUACAAUUGCUCUCAUGACGAAGACCCAGAUCGGACUUGGAGUGCUUAGUAUUCCCUCCAGUUUUGAUACACUCGGUAUCAUCCCAGGCAUCAUUUGUCUCUGCACCAUCGGUGUCAUGACCACUUGGUCCAGCUACAUGGUCGGCGUGUUCAAGGCCAACCACCCCGCGGUCUACACUAUCGAUGAUGCAGGUUACGAGAUGUUUGGAAAGAUUGGCCGUAAUUUCCUUGCUGUCGCUUUCUUGCUCAACUGGAUCUUUAUCUCUGGCUCUGCCAUGUUGGGCAUCUCGAUCGGUUUCAACGCCGUCUCCAAACACGCCGCAUGUACCGCCGUUUUUGUUGCAAUCGCCGCUGUUCUCACCUUUGCCUUUGCGAGCAUCCGAACCCUGAGCAAGAUAGGAUGGCUUGCCUGGAUUGGUCUUGUUUGCAUCAUGACUGCUAUCUUUACUGUCACCAUUGCCGUUACUCUCGAAGAACGCCCUGCUGCUGCUGUUGGAGUCGACGAAUGGGAACCUGACUGGAAACUCUUCAACACGCCUACUGUCCAGCAGGCCUUCGCCGCAAUCGGUUGCCAUGUGUUUGCUUUUGCUGGUACUCCCGCCUUCUUCUCCAUAGUAGCAGAGAUGCGCGAGCCAAAGUAUUACAACCGUGCGUUGGUGUGGUCUCAGGGAAUUGUGUUUGUUGUCUAUAUUGUCAUUGGGUCUAUUGUCUACGUCUACUGCGGUUCUUAUGUCGCAUCCCCUGCACUGGGUUCUGCAGGGCCCAUGAUAAAGAAGGUCUGUUAUGGCUUUGCACUUCCUGGCCUACUUGUUACUGCCAUGAUCGUCACUCAUAUUCCGGCAAAGUACAUUUUCCUUCGUAUCCUCCGUGGCUCUGAGCAUCUUCAUCGCAACAGUCUCAUUCAUUGGGGAACUUGGCUUGGUUGUACAGGCGGUAUUACUGUGACUGCCUACAUCAUUGCCAGCGCCAUCCCUAUCUUUGGCUCCCUUGUGGCGCUCAUCGGCUCAACCUUUGGCACUUUACUCUGUUUCCAGCCAUACGGAUUCAUGUGGCUGUUCGACAACUUUAACCGCAAGGAUCGUGACAAGAGAUGGAAAUUCAUGGUCGGCUGGAGUGUGUUUGUCAUCCUGGCUGGCACCUUGAUCAUGAUCCUUGGCACUUGGGGGACCGCGCUGGAAAUCAGAGAUGCAAGCAAGCUGUCAACGGGCACUCCAUGGUCCUGCGAGGACAACUCCAACGCACACUGA